AGGAAAAUAGUCCUGGCACUACGAUUCUGUGUGUGUGAUGAUCGGGUCGGGGGGUUCAUUAAUGUUGGUGACGACGAUGACUCGUAAAUCAGAAUCAUGAUGUGAGUAAUUGAAAUCGAAAAGAGAAAAUUCAAAAGAGGAGGAGGAGGAGGAAGAAGAAGAAGAAGAAGAAGAAGGCACACUACAUCAGCAACAGCAUUUCCUUUUCCAUCCCAACAUCAACAAAGAGAGAGAGAGAGAGACAGAAGCGAUCAUCAACAACAACAGCAACGACAUGUCGUUCUCGUUUUUCAAGGCUUUGAGGCCUAAAACGCCGCAGGAGGUGGCCAAGUCCAUCAAGGAGAGUCUCAUGGCCCUCGAUACCAAAACCGUUGCUGAAGUUAAAGCCCUCGAAAAGGCUUUGGAGGAAGUUGAAAAGAAUUUUGUAACAAUGAGAACCAUGCUUUCUGGAGAUGGAGAAUCAGAACCAAAUUUGGAUCAGGUUUCACAGCUAGUAGAGGAAAUCUGCAAGGAGGAUGUUCUUACUCUUCUAAUUCACAAGCUGCCUAUACUUGGAUGGGAAGCAAGAAAGGAUUUAGUUCACUGUUGGUCCAUAUUAUUGAAACAUAAGGUUGACUCCAAUUAUUGCUGCGUAGAAUACAUUGAACAACAUAUUGAGUUACUAGACUUCCUUGUUGUAUGCAGCUAUGAUAACAAAGAAAUUGCCUUGAGCUGUGGCAUAAUGUUGCGGGAUUGCAUCAAAUUUCCCUCACUUGCAAAAUACAUAUUGGAAUCUGCAAGCUUUGUGUUGUUCUUUAAAUUUGUAGAGUUGCCUAACUUUGAUGUUGCAUCUGAUGCAUUUUCUACCUUUAAGGAUCUUCUUACUAAACAUGCAAACGUGGUCUCUGGAUUUUUGACAGCUCACUAUGAUGAGUUCUUUGAUCUAUACGAGAAACUCUUGACAUCUCCUAAUUAUGUCACAAGGAGGCAGUCUUUGAAGCUUCUCUCGGAUUUUCUUUUGGAAUCUCCUAAUUCUCAGAUAAUGAAGCGGUAUAUCUUAGAAGUUCGUUACUUGAAAGUCAUGAUGACAUUAUUGAGGGAUUCAAGUAAAAACAUUCAGUUAUCAGCUUUCCACAUUUUCAAGGUUUUUGUUGCUAAUCCUAAUAAGCCUCGAGAAGUAAAAAUUAUUUUGGCGAAGAAUCAAGAGAAGCUGCUAGAAUUGCUACGUAAUCUAUCUCCGGGAAAAGGUUCAGAAGAUGAGCAAUUUGAGGAGGAAAAGGAGUUUAUCAUAAAGGAAAUUGAAAGACUAUCAACCUAAGUUAUAUUUUUCUACAGCAUCCGUGUGUGAUUUUGUAACAAGUUUUUUGUGUCGUGUACAUCCAAAGCUAAUUUGAUGCAAGGAUUUCAUGUUGCUGUUUGUAAGCAACGUAUAUGUUGAAAGGUCCAGAAGUUUUUAUGUGGGCAAGACACCAAAAAUGUGUUUGUAAUACAAACUGGGUUAUUAUUAUCAA